AUGUCUAUUGCCCUGUCAACACACCUAGACAGGGAGAUUACAGGGACACAGGAAGAGGUGGAUAUCAGGAGGAGAUUAGAGGUUCUAAAUGAACGUAUAGAAAAUGACUCUUAUUUGAAUUACCACCUCUUCCAUGGAGGAAGUCGUGGAGAGGGAUUGCAUCUAAGUGGAUCAGAUUGGGACAUGAUGGUAAUAGCAAAGUAUGUAACAGUAAUGUACCCUGGCCAGUUUAUCCCUCCAAGUAUGGCAAACAAUACAAUUCUGUACAUGAGAGAUGCAGAUUGCCGAACUGGAUAUGUCCACUUACAACUAGGUCAGAUAGGACAGGAAUGUCCGAUUGAAUUGCAUGAUUCACUUGUUAGAAUUAAGGAUUUAUUUUUUGUUUCCAGUGAUAUCUAUAGAGAGUCAUGUGUCCAAGGAUUGGAUAGCCGUUCAUGUACAGCAUGGAAAUCCAAUGGACCCAGCUGUUCGAUAGAUGAACAAAUGAUAAGAGCAGAUGUUGUUCACAGCUUUCAAUGCAACUGUUGGCCAAAGGAAGCUAAUGGAUGGAUAACCCGUACACGUCUGUAUGGAUGGCCACAUCAAACAUUAAUUGAAAAUAUCAUACACAGUGGAUGUCAUCUUGUCCCUGUUGGGGACAAGUGUUCUGAAGAUACUUUCUUGCAAUGGAGAAUCUCAUUUGCAACAGCAGAGAGAUCUUUAGUUCACUCGUUCAGUCACAUUCAGCUGAAAGUAUAUGCUUUGCUGAAAUGUCUCUUAAAACAAAUAAAAGACAUGUUAAAAGAAACUAUAGGGGAUGACGAUAUUUUGUGUUCCUAUUUUUUGAAAACUAUCCUUUUUUAUGCAAUAGAGAACUCCAGCCAACUGUUCUGGCAAGAAAAACACUUAUUUUAUUGUUUCUGGUUUUGUUUCAACAUACUGAUUGCUUGGGUCAGGGCGGGAGUCUGUCCUAAUUAUUUCAUCCCAGCCAAUAACAUGUUCCGAAGGAAAGUCCAUGGACAACAUCAACAAAUACUAUUGGACAUUUUGAAAAACUUUUGUCAGCUGAAAUGGAUGUGCCUUUCGGUUACUAACAUUUUUAAUCCUUCAAUAUUGGAAACUCGUGUAUGUCCCCGAACCGAGCAGGAAAUGAUCUUCUGGCAGGAUAUACAAACUGUCGCAGCGAUAAAAGGAAUAUCUAUCAAACCAAGAGCUGAACCACUAAGGAUCAUAAGGAAGGCGAUUCAUUUAUUAUCAAAAUCACAGUCAGAUUUUGAUGAAGUUUUCACAUACCAGUAUUCUAUGUUUUGCUUACAAAGACUUGCAGCAGAACAGGUCUCUCAAGAUCGCUAUGCUAUGGACAACAAAACCCGGUACAAAAGUUUAGGGAAAUGUAAAAACUGGAUGAUCCAUGGGGUUUCAAUGGGCACAGAGCUGUUACGUCUAGCAACUUUUCAUUUUUUGUUAGGAAAUUUCAUUAAAAGCCUUGAGAUGUGCAAACAAGUCAUGAAACUGGCAUCAUGUUUCAUAGGUUCCCUGGGCGGUACAGAAGAGAUAGAAGAACUAUUUAGGCACAAUUAUAGUCAAUCAGAACAUACAGCAGAGAGACUGCAGAAAAUAUACACAAACUUCAUUACCUUUACUUAUGAAGACUUGUAUCUUCCCCACCUCUGCCUAGAAAUGGCGAAUGAAUGCGAACUCCUACAUAUCCCUCCACUACCGUUUGCUAUUUUCCUGUCAUUCCUGUGCUGUCAUGAACUUAAAGAUACCAGAGGACGUGAUGCAGCAUUACGUAACAUGGUAGAUGUCCAGUAUGAUGAGCAGCAAGGAGGACACAAGCACUGGAUAGUUAACAAUCUCCUGGGUAUCUGUUACGAAAUUAUCGGGGACUCUCGAAUGGCCAUCAGAGCUUACUGGAAUUCAGCUCAAAGAAAUAUGAAUUUUAUUUUUUACUGCACGAAUCCUGCUAUUCAGAGGAUAGCUGUUGUGUAUCUAUGUAUGUAUGCCUCACAGAAAUUCAACAGAGGAUAA